AAUGGCAACCCCCAUGCCUUCAAUCGCUCUCAAAAUGAAUGCUCCAACGAAUUUAUCCUCUGAACAGCCCUACGCUGUAUUUGCUGGAACAAAUACAGGGUUUUUGAAAGGAUGCUCUUUUUCAAACAAAUCUCCUGUCAACAUUAAUUCCGUGGAAGUACCAGUGAAAGGAAAUGAAAUUGUUGACAUAUGCUGGUGGGAUAACGAAAAAGAAAGUUUUAUUUUAGCUGGUCACAAAGAUGGGCGAGUUUUAAAUUAUUCAUUGGAUGAUGGGACAGUAAUAAAUGUAUCAACGAAACUAACAGAAGACAAGUCUUUUCUCAGAUCUAUUCGAAGUUAUGGUAAUUCACUUGUAGUGACUGCUUUUAGCAAUGGUAAAGUGGAUUGUAAUAACUAUGCAUUGAGCAAAUCUUCACAAUCAGGGAAUAUGGUAAUGGAUCAAAGAGCUACUGCUGUUGCAUUAAAUGCUGGACAAGAUUUAUUCUGCAUGGAUCAUAAUAUUUCUUUAGGAAGUCAGAUAGCAACUGGUGGAAAAGAAAAUCCUUUGAAAAUAUGGGACAUUACAUCUCCUGAGCAACCAAUUUUUACAGCAAAAAACAUGCCAAAUGACUGGUUGAAUUUACGUGUACCCAUUUGGGUAAUGACAGCUGAGUUUGUCCCACAUACUAGCAAGAUAGUCUCCGGUACUGGGUAUUCUCAAAUUCGAUUAUAUGAUCCAUCUGCUCAAAGGAGACCUGUGAUAGAAGUUCAGUUAAAAGGUUGCAAAGAUCCAAUAACUGCACUGGCACUGAGACCCAGUUUUGAAAACCAGUUGGUUGUAGGUACUACAACAGGAACUCUUGCUUUAGUUGAUCUUCGAAAAAAAGACAUAAUUCAACACUUUAAAGGUCCAAGUGGUGGAGUUACAGAUAUAAAAUUUCAUAAUUCAUGUCCUUUGUUUGCUGCAUGUGGGAUUGAUCGCUAUGUGAGAUUUUAUGAUGUUAAUUUAAACAAAAAGCAGUUGCAUUCAAUAUAUAUGCAGUCUCAAGUUAAUUGUCUGCUAUUUUCAUCCAAGUCAUUACUUGAUGAAAAUGUUGUUGGUCCACAAUGGUAUCCAAAAUCAAAGACAGCUGAUCUAACUUCUGAAAAUAGUAGUAACUUAUCAGACCAAUCAGAAAAGCAAAAUACUGAAGAUGAUAAUGACGAAAGUGUUUGGAAUACAUUUAAGGUCAUCCAGACAAAAAAGCGCAAAAAACAGCCAAAAUCUUCAUCUACAGGGAAAUCAAAGAUUAAAAAAGUGUGAGAUGCAAAAAAUGAUUUCAUGAUAAAACCAACUUAAACCAUGUUAGCGAUACCGGUACCUUUUCUUCCUAUGAAUUAUUUAAACACGAUUUUUUAAAAAAAAAGGUAGAAAUCGUGUUUUCCUGCCAUUAUAUUUUCUGAAUUUUUUUAAUGUUUAUGUUUAAUGAUUUUCUAAUUGUAUAUCAGUUAUUAAGAGAAAAGUUUUAAUCCCAGAAUGCUUUUUCAUCCC